AUGGCCGAAAGAAGACUCUUUAAGGAACUCAACCAGUACAGAAAAAACCCUCCUUCCUCCAACAACCACCAGAUUGUGUCAUUGAAUCCGGUAGACGAGGAUGACAUUUUCAAAUGGGAGGCUGUCAUAUCCAAACCUUCAAAGAAGGAUAGCCAGUUCUACUACCAGGGAGAAUGGAAGUUGGGUAUUUCGGUGCCAUCGACUUAUCCCAUUACUCCGCCUCAGAUGAAGUUCGUUUCUCCCAUCUGCCAUCCAAAUAUCAACAUCACUACUGGCGAAAUAUGCUUGGAUAUCUUGAAGAGCGAUAGCUGGUCCCCUGCCUGGAACUUGGAAAACUUAUUGGUGGCCAUCUUGAUGUUGCUUGAUAACCCUGAACCAGAUUCGCCUUUGAACUUGGACCUGGCCAACUUGUUCAGACACGAUAAGCUUGCCUUUGAAAGCUUGGUCCAGUAUACGCUAUGGAAAUACAACACAUUUUAUGAGGCAUCGACGUCUAAGGACACUACAGGUCUCAAACCAAUC